GCCGGAGACAAUUCAUUUUUAUAAUGAAACAAAAUCUGGAGUUGACGCAUUAGAUGCGAAAUGUGCGCUUUAUUCAGUAUCCAGAAGAACUAACCGUUGGCCAAUGGCAAUUUAUUUUGCUAUAUCGAACAUUACAGGUGUAAAUUCUCGAGUAUUGUACCAAUUUGCAUCAAAAGGUAAAGAAAUAAAACGAUACUCAUUUAUCAAAACUCUUGGGAAGCAAUUAACAGAUGAACAUUUGCGACUCAAACUGGCCAACAAGAAGGUGCACUCAAAUGUACGAAUCCUCAAUCCACCUUUGGGGGUUGCGAAUCCAGUUUCUGAGCAGCCUCAAGUACCUCCUGAAAAAAGUAAAAGAAAAAGGUGUGCCAUAUGCCCCACCAACAAGGAUAGGAAAACUGCUAUCCAGUGUGACAUAUUUGACCAUCAGCAAUGCGGUAGACCCCUAGAGUCAAAUUUAAUAACGAAAAGUGACCGUAUAGUAUCGGGAUACGACGUCGGGUACUACAAGUACCCGUGGUACGCAGCCCUGAUUCAAACUAAGCAGGUUUCUUGCGGGGGAGCCCUGAUCGGCCCGAAACUGGUUGUAACAGCUGCGCAUUGCUAUAAAGAGUAUUUGGAAAAAGCCAAUAAAUCCCUUAUUAAACUGGAACAUAUUUACACGGUGAGAUUGGGAAUGUAUAACAUCUGUGCAACUGCUGAGAAAACCGCGAAAGAAUUCGCAGUGGAAAAAGUGCAAAUUCACGAGCUGUACCCCACCAAGAUGCCAUAUUAUGAUAUAUGCUUGCUUACCUUGUCUAAUGGUACGGAAGGGUUUGAACCGUUAUGCUUACCUAAUAAGGUUAUCAACGUUCGGCCCAAAGAUGGUACUGUCCCAGGCAUGGGUACUUUGAAGUAUCAAGGAGCGAUGCCCUGUACUUUACACGAAGCCAGAUUGCUCAUAUAUCCCGAUGGUACUUGUGUGGAUAUGAUUAAUAGUACUGGCAAUAAUGGGAGUGACGUCAAAAAUGCUUUUUGUGCGGGGUAUUUGUCCGGUGGAAUUGAUACUUGUCAGGGAGACAGUGGCGGCCCUCUCCAAAUACUGGACAACACCGGCAGAUACGUUCUUUUCGGAAUAGUCUCUUUUGGAUUCCACUGUGCCCUACCAAAGUAUUUGGGCAUGUACACGGACGUUUCCCAGUACAUUGACUGGAUAAGGGAGAAAUCUGGAGGGCUCGAUCUCCCAUUUAUAACCCCUAAUGGUUCCGACGAAGAGUAUAGCGAUGGGCAUAAAAAGAAACAUCAUCAACAUGGCCACCGUCAACCUGUGAGAAUAAUCAUUUUGAGAAAUAAGAAGCGUACAAGGGGCUAAAGAAGAAUUAAAAUAAGGAAUUUCUUUAUGUGAUUAUAAUUCUUAAAACGUCAAUAUUGCAAUAAAUUAUGCUUGUGUUAUG